GCGGCGGGGCGCGCGCCGUGAGGUCAGGGCGCCGCCGGCGCCUUCCCGGAAGCGGCGCGGCGCUCGGCGCUGGCGGCGCUCGGGGGGCCCCGGCCACUCCCGCCAUGCAGGCGGCCGAGCGCGACGGCGCGGCGGGUCCCGAGGGCGCGGCGGGCCCCGAGGCCCAGCCGGAGGCGGCGGCGGCGGCGGCGGCGGCGCCGCCACCGCGGGCCGCCGCCUUCGACCUCCUGACGCUGGUGCUGAGCUACCGGCGGCUGGAGCUGUACGCGGAGCCGCUGCGGGAUGCGGCCGAGGCCGUGCGCUCCCUGGUGCGGUGGCAGCGGCCGCUGUGCUCCCUGCUCGUCUGCCUGGGCCUCAACUUCCUGCUACUCACGCUGGACCGAGGUGGGAGCCGGGACCCGCCCCCCCCCCGGGCCCUCCCGCCUCCGAGGCCGCGGCUCACGGUGCUCCCGGCUCUUGCAGCUGCCUGGUACUCGGUGCUUGCGCUGGUGGUCCUGGUGCCGGCCCUGCUGGGCUACCUGCAGGAGACGUGUCGCGCCCGGCCUGCGGGGCCCGAGCUGGCGCGCAGGAGAUACCACAGCGUCCGCCGUGAGGACCUGCGCAAGUUGCAGCUCUCGCGGCAGGAGGCCGUCGCCCAGGUCAAGGGCUUCCUGAUCCAGCUGGAGGCGUUCCUGAGCGGGCUGUGCUGCAGCUGCGAGGCGGCGUAUCGCGUGCUGUACUGGGAGAACCCCGCUGUCUCCUCCCAGUUCUAUGGGGCGCUGCUGGGCUCUGUCUGCGUGCUGUACCUGCUGCCCCUCUGCUGGGUCCUGGCCAUCCUCAACAGCACCCUCUUCCUGGGCAAUGCCCAGUUCUACCAUGUGAUACUGGAGCUGAAGGCCUCGCUUGAGCAGCGUGUGGGCACCAAACCUCUGGAGAACACGCCAGAGCCUGCUGAAUCCCUGCCAGCUGCUGCCCCGCUGGAUCGGACCCCCACACCCACCAGCACAGAGGACCUUACCCCUGGCAGCGUGGAGGAGGCCGAGGAGGCAGAGCCUGAUGAGGAAUUCAAGGAUGCUAUUGAGGAGAACCAGCUGCUGGUCAUGGACGACGACGAGAGCUCUCAGUGUUCGUCAGAGUUUGACCUCAGCCUCCCAGACAACGGUUUUAUGAGCAAAAACGAGGUGAUUCGCAGCAAGGUGUCACGGCUGACUGAGCGCCUGCGUAAGCGCUACCCCAGCAACAACUUCGGGAACUGCACGGGUUGCGCAGCCACCUUCUCUGUGCUCAAGAAGAGGCGGAGCUGCAGUAACUGUGGGAACAGCUUCUGCUCCAGGUGUUGCUCCUUCAAAGUCCCCAAGGCUGUGAUGGGAGCCACAGCCCCAGAGGCUCAGCGGGAGACAGUUUUUGUGUGCGCUCUGUGCAACCAGGUGCUCAUCAAGUGACUAGAACAGGCCCCGCCAGCCUGUGGGCCCUGUACUGCCUGAUGUGGGUCCCGUACUGCCUUGUGGGCAGUGGGAGCACUGCCCUUGUUGCUGAAGGCCUCGGUCGCUUGGUUGCCAGCUUGGCAUCCCUGCCAGAGGACACUUGUACUUGUUGCUCCCCUGCCAGUGUCGCCGGGGGGGCAGACCAGAUCUCCUUGCUGCACGGCAUCUGCCACACCACCUGGGUCGCAGCGGAGCAUUGCCCACAGCCAUGCACCCGUCGCCGCCCCUCGGCUGCCUCCUGGCAGCUGUUCAGUGCUGCUCCGAGCCCUGGGCACCCCCAGUGCAGACUGCGCCCCGCUAGGUGCGGCCUAGGCUGUGUGGCCCAGCUCGGUGGUAGAGGAGCCAUCCUUCCCCCUUUGGGUCCUACCUCCGUCUCCUGGACGGGAGCAGAACAACCUCGGGGCUCUCUCCCUACCUUUCUGAGUACUGUGCUAGGUGACUGUAUUUUUGGGAUCAAGUUAGAGCUCUGCCUGUGUCCCCGAGAGAUGUGGUCCUUGGUCCUGACUCAGCUGAGCUCCGCUAGCUCUAGGCACUCCUGUGCUCCUCAGCCUCCUCGUAUCCAGGUCUAGUCUUUCCUCCCCUCAUUUUUGGCUGUAGCAGAGGUGCAGAGAGCGUGAGCAUGGGGCUCGGCUAUGCGGCUGGGUAGCUGUAGUGAAAGAGGUGCAAGUUGGGCUGCUCUGUGUACUUAGUGACUGCUGCUUUCUACUACAGAUUAAUAUAUAAGUGUAUAUAGAGAACAACCAAUAAAUCUCUUGUCAAUUGGC